AUGAGAGGCGGUGAUGAUGUGCGUAGCGGGACGGUGCCGGUGUGCGGGUUGCAGUACACCACCUCACCCUCUCUCCCCUCGGCAGUCAAGCUGACGGGUGACAUCAUGAUGAAGACGUCCUCAACGUUUCAGUGCGUUGCAGGCGCGACGGGAAGUUCUGCCAUGGGGUCCGUUAGUACCCGCGCAGCACCGGCUCGCGCGAUCCCAUUUCCACAAGGCACCUUGCAGCUGUACGACUCCUACUACAGAUCUUGUCGGGGCACCGAGCCGGCCGUGCUAGAGACCAGUGGCGGCGGUGGCCGUGCCGAGUGGACUGACUCUCUGACGUUGCCAGAUGACCUCUCCGGUAUCGGCCCCUCGGCGCGGCGCCUGCUCCGCCUGGAUGCCGCGCAGCAGCACCCGCGAACAAACAAGAACGGGUCAACGAAAGCGUCGCGCGCGCCGGUGAUUUUGCCAGUGGCGUCCCGCAUUCUUCCUGCGCAGGCGUGCAAGUCGAAGGCAGCCGCCACGACUCCCGCGACGGCAGCGCUUUCGGCUACGGCACACUUGCCGGUGCCAGCGCGAAAGUGCAUGGGCGACACCGAUAACGGCGUCCACGCCAGCACCGCUACCUCGCGUCACCUGAGCCUCACCACGGACGUUCGCCCUACCAUGCUGCCAUGCAAUAUUACCAACCCUGUCCACGGCGGUGGUGGCUGCGGCACCACCGUUUCCGCCGCCGCGGCUCCACCGCCGCUGGUCACGCGGCUGCAGUCGUACAUCAAGCGUGAGCUCGUUUUGAACAGCGGCGGCACCGCCAUUCCAAGCGCGAUGGAUCAGCUGAACCCCUACCGCGAAGCUUUCCGCGCGUUGGGCUCCGCCUUUCCGGCGUACGGGUCCCUCUUCGACGACAUUCAGUGCGCGUACGACAACGUUAUUCAGGCGCAGGCAGAGCUGCUCACCGACGCCUACUCCACCGCAGCUGCUCGGCACGUGGAGAAGAUGACGCAGCAAGAGAAUGCGGCUGCUUUGCAUCAGCAGGUGAGCGCGCUGCAAGAAGAGCUGAGCAAGAUGGAGACGGCGCUCAAGUCUCGUGCGCCAGCGGAGGAGCAGGAGCGGCAACAGGCAACCAUGCAGAGCUCACGCACGUGCCGUACCAAUGACACGCUCGAGCUGCAGCGCGAGCUCAAGGCGGCCAAUCAGCGCGUCUCCGAGUUGGAGCAUGCGAGCCAAAUAGACCUGGAGAAGAUCCUGGUCCUCAUCGGUGCUGUGCGGGAGUGCGAUCGACGGCUGAAGGAGUACGAGCGGCUCGUGACGAGUGUAAUGGGCCAGGUCAGCGAGCUGGACGAGUUCAAGUGCAUUGCCGGUGAGGCCCAAGCCGAGCUGCAGCAGUUUCGCAAGAAGUACUCGGAGUACGUGCCGGCGUCGGACUUUUGCCUGAUGAGGGCGCACCUCACCUCCGAGCUACAGGCGGCCCAGCUGAUGACUCGGCGAUGGCGUCGCACUGCUGUGGUGCGCGGAACGCAACUGGACGUCAUGCAGUGUCGCCUCAACGCACUGGAAGAAGACCGGGAAGCCCUUGUCAAGGCAGCGACUGCUGCCGCUGCGCAGCCUGCCGACGUGGAAGCGCAUGACUCCGACACCGACACGGUGCUGACGCCACGCCCGUCGUGGAAGCGGAUCUACGAGCGGUACCCGGAACUGUCAGGCUACGCAGCGGACGUUGGGCGUCUCACGACCGAGUUGGACGGAGACGCCGCCGACAUCGACCUCUUUGCGGAUGAGGAACGCAGUCCCGCCAAGAGGACCUCGACUUCCUCGACUUUGGCCCAGGAUAUGCCCGCGGUGAAAGGGCCUAAGGAGACCAGGCUGCAGGUGGAGUACCUCGUGCAGCGCAUCGUAGCACUGGAGGGGCUUCUGCGGACGCAGUGGCAGCAGCAGCAGCAGCAACUGCAGCGCAACUCCACGACAGGCCUCGCGGAGGGAGGUGACGCGUCGACUGAUGCCGCGCGCACGAAUUCCGAGAAGAGCUUGCAGGAGGCCAGCCUUGCAACCAAGGACAAGCCAGCCGACUCCUCGGCACCGCUGCAGCCCCGAAACUCUCGUCACCCCCACGGUCUCGGGGACGCGCCUCACAGCGCCGUUAGCGGCGCCAUCGUCGGGGCACCUGUACCGCGCAUGGCACCACCACUGGAGCUGCCGCUGCUCGGGCUUGGGUACGCGCCGUGGGUUCCGCUGUGUUGGCGUGCAAGCGGCAUCCUGUGCCGUCGCUCUGUCGCCCCUUCCACGAGUAUGGCGCUGAUCUACCACUUCUUCCUCGAUGUGCUUCCUACGUACUUGGACCAAGAGGAUAAAGCGCAGCAGGCGCUCGAGCAGGACGGUGCCACGGCGCAGAGUAGUACCGACCGCCUCGCCCCGUUUCUCUACGAACUGCUGCAGUCGGAGAUGCAGACACGCGAGGACCUGAACGCGUACGACUCUGUCGCUCACCUCAUGAUGAACCUCGAGAGAGAUGGGCAGAUGCGGGAGUGGCACAGCGACGCCUUGCAUCUGUUCUUGUUGAUCGCGCAUGGGGUGAUGCCUCCACGCAUAGGUGUGGACGCGGUCGUCGUGGUGGCGCAGGUGAAGCGCGACGUCCGCGCCUUAGCGAAGGAGUUGCAGAGCUCUCGCUUGCGCCGUCAGGCGUUGGCCGAGUGCCUGCAGCCGGUGCUCGAGCUGAAGACGGCAGCCGAGCUAGCAGAACUGCGCGCCGCCCUGGGCGGCGAAACGACUUUCAGCGCGGAAGCGCUGUGCAGCGACACGCACCCGUUCAUGCAGGUGCUGCUGGUGCAAGAGUGUCGUGCAAGCAUGGAGCUCUAUGUGUCUUUCCUGCGUGCCUUGACGGCGCGGGCGUGCUGUAUGACUGCCGCUGGUGAUCGCGUCGCCUCUGCUGCCUCUGCGGGGGCGCCGUUGAAAGGCGUGCGUGACCCCAAAGCGCCGCCAGCGCCGAAACUCGCCGAGGGCGAUCGAGUGCUCUCCUUGGCAGACGUGUCUGCUGCCGUCUUGGAGGUGGAGCCGUGCACGCCGGAGGUGGUGCUGCGCGAGCUUUCCGUGAACGCGGUGAUGGGGGCCGUGCCGGUGCCCGCGCCCGUGCCGGGAGCGUUCGAGGAGCCGCCGGUGGUUGUUCGACUGAGUGACAUGGUGCGUGCCAUAGGGACUGCGCCGCUCAUCCGCCGCACAGUGCAGAGCGCCAAGAAUGACUGCGUGCUAUGA